AUGUCAAAUUUUACUGAUCGAAAAGAACGAAUGGAUUAUAAUGAUUUGGUUAAGAAGAUUAAAUUUUUAAGUGAGUCUAAGCCAAGUGGUCGUACUCCUUUAAGUUGUAUAUUUUUAAGUCAAUUCGAUAUGAAACAAGGGAACAUUAUUGUUUGGUCCAUGCAGAGUAAAAAUUCAACGAUAAAUUUAAGUGGUAUUGAAUUUAAGUCAUUACCAUCAGGAAUACAUGAGGUUGCUUGCGACGUCGUUAACUUUAUAAUCCCAAAAGCAGAUGAUCAGCUCAUUUCUGAUAAAUCCUUUUGUUAUGGUGUUGCAUAUUACAAACAGAAUGGUCAAGAUAUUGCCAAGAAUACAGAACACAUUGAUAGAAGUAAAGUUAAGAUGUACUCUUUAGGGAUUAUCAUAGACCCCGAGGAAUUUAAUAAAGGAACUUCGAUUCAUCCGAAGAGUGAACAAAAUAAAGAUAUUUUAAAUAAUUUGCAAGCAGAUCGAUAUAUUAGAUGCAAUGAUUACCUUGAUUCAUUACAAAUAUUACUAGCAGAAUGGUUUAAAGUUGGCAAUUUUGAUGAUUUCAGUAUUUUUGAAAACUUUUUUAAUGAGUGUUCUGGCCAGGAAAUAGAUGAAGGUGUGUCUAACAAAAAAAAACAAAAUGUUAAACGCAAGCAUAUGAUAGAGCAUUUCCCAUUUUGGGUGAAAAAAUUAGGUCCAUUAAUAUUUCCUCUUUGGAAAUCGAGCAUAUUAAAUGAAAGAAUUUUAAUUAUAAAACCAAUAGACUGUAACUUUGAAAAAUGCAAUGCUUUGGCAUACAGUCUUUCGUUGAUUUCUCAGUUGUUCGCUGAUAAUUCUUUAGGCCAAAAAAAUAACAUUAUACCUUUGUUUACUAUUGGUGUGAAUGAUAUUGAUUAUUUACAAAAGCUUAGAAAAGAUACAAGAGGUUUAUUGAAUUAUGUCGCAUGUACAAGUGAUGAAAUUAUGUCGUAUAAAACAGAACUAUAUGAUAAAAUGCUGGUGCUGCCGGUAAAUUUUAUGAGCGAGACUUGUGAAUUGCUACCAAAAUUUAUUACAAAUAAAGGUGUAGAGGUAAAAGCUACACCUCAUGAAUAUGAAAUAUAUGAUAAUUUACUUAACGGUAUAUUUGAUGAGAAACUGACAAAUGACCAAAAAGCAUCCUUUAGCAAAUUAACUGAACCUGUCACGUGGUAUCAAUACAUAGUAGAUGGGUUAUAUUUAUGGGUCACAGCAGGAUUUAUAAAAGCAUCAUAUCGUCAAAAUGUUUUGACAGAUUUUAGUAUAUAUUCAUCCUACUCAUAUGUGAAUUUAAAAGAUGACAAGUUCGCGAUUGUUUUAAACGUACUAAAAUAUUUUCAUUUAAAGACAGUUACUUUAAGAAAUAAUAUUUCUACUUUAAUAGAAUCUGCCAAUGGUUCUAGUAACACUGAUUCUGUGGUUUUAGCACCAGCAGAUUUGCUUAAAAUGGAUUUAGAUUGUUUUAGUGAACAAGAUUUGAAAUUUGUACAUGAACUAAUACUUAGAUGGUACCAAAAGGAUAUGGAGGUAAAUAAUGGGGAAUACUUGAAGGCAAUAUGUUAA